UGGAAACACGGAAGAUCCAGGUCAGGAGACAUAAACAACACCCCGCUGUGAAAUCUCAUCUGAAAGUCGUGUUUUUUAUGUAGUACAUUCAGGUCUGGUGUUUGUACUUUGAUCCGAACGAUGGCUGCAUGGUCGCUGCUGCUCUUGUAGCCUUAUUGAAAGAGUGAAAACAGACUGAAGAUGCCAUCCCGCAACGUUAUUUCCAACGGAAGCCCGAACAGCAGAGUUAGAUACUCGAGGUUAGCCACUGAUGAUGACGGAUACAUUGAUUUACAGUUCAAAAGGAGCCCACCCAAGGUCCCAUAUAAAGCCAUUGCACUAGCCACAGUCCUCUUCUUAAUAGGCUCUCUGCUAAUCAUCAUUGGUGCCCUUCUCCUGGCUGGAUACUUUGAAGUCACUCACUCCGAUCGUACAUUCCCUGUCCUCAUUAUCGGGAUUCUUGUCUUCCUGCCAGGAAUCUACCACCUACGGAUAGCUUACUAUGCUUCAAAGGGCUACCCGGGCUACUCCUAUGAUGAUAUCCCAGACUUUGAUGAUUAAUAAACAUCACAGCUUGAACCACAGCCUUUUUGUGCUUACAUGCACUCAUAUGCUGUAUUGAUUGCAUUGGUUAAAGCAGAGAAGGAACAAUUAUGUUUAAUAGUAAGUAAAUUACCUGCAUUGCAACUUGAAGGAUAGUGAUGUUAUUCUCAUGGGUUUUAUGUUUGCAUAGGUAGUUAUUACCAGCCUGCUGUUAAGAAGCCAAAAAAGUAUCAGAUAUUGUUUGAUAUGUAUAUUUGUUUUAUUAGCUCAGUAAAUUAAUACAACUGUAAUUUGAUGACUUUUUCUUUAUUUGUGUUAUUUAGAUUAUAGGGAAACAUAAUAUUACUACUAUUAUAUAUUAUAUUCAUAUUUAACCAUCAGACUAAUUUGAUUAACAUAAAAUUAUGACUGUCAGAUGAUGAUGGCCUCUAAAAUCACUCUAACAGCAUCUUAACAAUGCAAUGCAAGUAUAACACAUCUUAUGAUAUAAGAAUGAUACACCAAUGUAUAAAUAUGUAAUACACAAUAUUAUCAAUAUGUUGAGCAGAGGCCCCAGUUAAUUACCUUAGACACAUAUUUUCUAAUGAUGUAACUAUUCUAGAUGCCAUUGUACAGGCCUCCAGAACCACCGUGGAGAAUCUGGGAGUUAUCUUUGAUUGAGAUAUGUCAUGAAAACAAGUCCAUGAAUGCUUUAAUCUCCAUAUUGUGUACUGUGCUUAAAUAUUGUCAAACAAGGAAAUACACACGCAUUUUUAGGGUCUGACACCCUGUUAACCUGCAUCAAAAUCCUGUCCAAAUCUUAUCUGUGCUAUCAACUUUUCAAUUUCACCCUAUUUUGAAAGUGUGCUUGUGGAAGUCAGGGCA